ACAAGGAAAAAGAAGACAAUGGACAGAGAGCAAGAAGAUAUACAAUUUCUCGGCUUCUUUGGGAUCUUGAAGGAGUCCUUCAAGAUCAUCUUCACAUGGAAGAGAAUCUUCACCCAAAUCACUCUGGCUCUCAUCCUCCCACUCUCCUUCAUCUUCCUUGCUCACAUCCAAGUCACCGAACUCCUCUUCAUCAAGAUCCUCAACAACGAAAAUGCCUUGGACUACACGCUAAAGGGUUCCCCAACAUAUUCUAAGCUCUCUGACAUCAUCUCCUCCGAAUGGGCCGCCUUCUGGCUCUUCAAAGCCUUCUACUUCACCUUCCUCCUCAUCCUCUCCCUUCUCUCCACCUCCGCAGUGGUUUACACCAUCGCAUCGAUAUACACAGCAAAGGAUAUCACCUUCAAGAAGAUCAUGAGCGUUGUCCCCAGGGUUUGGAAGAGGCUUAUGGUCACUUUCCUCUGGAGCUUCGCCUUUGUUCUGCUCUACAACUUCGUAUCGGUUUCACUUUUCUACUUCUGGGCACGCUAUUACGGAUUUUAUAAGAUUGGAAUUGCAAUUUUCAUUGCUCUUGUCAUCUUAUACGUAAUUGGGUUUGUAUAUAUCAGCAUCGUUUGGCAUUUGGCAAGCGUUAUAUCAGUUUUGGAGGAUCUGUAUGGGAUUAAAGCCAUGAUCAAGAGCAGGGGAUUGAUAAAGGGGAAGAUGGGUGCUGCGGUUGCCCUGUUUUUGACGAUUACUACUUUUUUCGUGGGAGUUGAGUUUUUGUUUGAGAGUUUAGUUGUUCUAAAUAUGGCGAGAAGAAAUAUGGGAAUAAGCAUCCCAAUCGGGAUUCUUUGCUUUUUCUUAGUGUGCACGGUGUUUCUCUUUGGUCUUGUUGUUCAAACGGUUAUCUACUUCGUCUGCAAAUCAUAUCACCAUGAAAAUAUUGACAAGUCUUCGUUGGCGGAUUAUCUGGAGGUUUAUCGUGGGGAGUAUGUUCCUCUGAAGGGCAAGGAUAUCCAACUAGGUGAUGUUCAUGUCUAGCUAUAUAUGUUACUUGUUUUGAUUAAGCGUAAUGAUUAAGAAAUAAUUGUUAUUUUGGGAGCUUUAAAGAAAAAUUGUGGCUCCUGACUAGGAUUCCCAUAGAUAUGGCAUAUAUGUGUAUUUCCCGUUUAACGUGCAAGGCAAUUUUAUAUAUAUGAUGUUUAAUAAAGUGAACAGUCUGCUGAUGUUUUAAUU